GAAUGGGAAGGUCAGUCAGCGCUGCAGGCUGGCGUGCCUGCGCUUUUUGCCCGCUGUUCCUGACGCAUGCGCCUGUCACCCUUGGUUGGUCCGUGCAUGUCCGCUGAAUUGUGAGGCCCUGGUUCAGGGCUCCGCUGUGGUGCAGAAAUGCUCUGCCGGCUUGGCGGUCGGUGGCUGCGGCCACUCCCUGCCCUGCACCUUCGGGCGGGAGACCCGCCGCUUGCGCCGGUUCCUAGGAGCGGCGCCAGGCGCCCCACUCUCCCAGUGUGGGCAGUGGCACCAGUCUCUGCAGUAGACGGGAACGGCUGGUACGAGGCCCUGGCCACUUCUUCGCCGGUGCGGGUUGCGGAGGAAGUACUGCUCGGCGUGCACGCCACCACGGGACUGCCCUGGUGGGGCGGCAUUCUGCUCUCCACCGUGGCCUUGCGGGGCGCAGUCACGCUGCCCUUGGCCGCCUACCAGCACUACAUCCUGGCCAAGGUGGAAAAUUUGCAGCCAGAAAUAAAAGCUAUUGCCAAGCAUCUUAACCAAGAAGUUGCAGUUCGUGCAAGUCAGUUGGGGUGGUCCAAAAGAGUUGCCAGGCUCACUUAUCUAAAGAAUAUGAGGAGGCUAGUUUCAGAGAUAUAUGUGCGAGAUAACUGCCACCCUUUCAAAGCCACUGUGUUGGUUUGGAUUCAGAUUCCAGUAUGGAUCUUCAUGUCUGUUGCUCUCCGGAAUUUUAGCACAGGGGCAACACAUUCAGAAGCAGGUUUUUCUGUUCCGGAUCAGUUAGCUACUGGCGGGAUUCUGUGGUUUCCUGACCUCACUGCACCGGACUCCACUUGGAUUCUGCCUAUCUCUGUUGGUGUCAUCAAUUUAUUAAUAGUGGAGAUUUAUGCUCUACAAAAAAUUGGAAUGUCUCGUUUUCAAACAUAUAUUACAUACUUUGUCCGUGCAGUGUCAGUGUUGAUGAUUCCAAUUGCUGCAGCGAUGCCCUCGUCACUUGUUCUCUACUGGUUAUGCUCCAGUUUCAUGGGCCUUUCACAGAACUUGCUGCUGCGUUCUCCUGGAUUUCGCCACCUUUGCCGAAUACCAUCAACCAAGUCAGAUUCAGAAACUCCUUAUAAAGACCUAUUUGUUGCCUUUUCUAGCAAGUUCAUUUCAAGAAAGUGACAUAUUUUCCAAUAAUUUUGAAACAGUUGCAAGAGUCACUAUCACCUUAAUGUAUUUAGACUUAGAAAUUCAGGUAUUAUUUGAUUUGCCUUUAUUUAAAAUUAUGAACUUCAUGAAAUAUUGUAGGUUAAGUUGUAAUCCAGGCCAGGCAUGGUGGCUCAUGUGUGUAAUCCCAGCACUUUGG